UUAGCACACACCACAAACCACAUGUCAAUCCCAGCACCAAUAGCUUUAGAGUCAACCAAAUCCACGACAGUCGAGUGGCGGGACGAACUGCACAGAAGUUUACCGAAGGCCAGGAGCUUUUCUUUUGCAAACAAGGGCGAGCACAAAGAAAGCAAUCUGGUUGGCACUAGCUUGUGAAUAUCAUGUUGGAUUCUGAGCUCUCGGUGCCGUCACUACAACUCUACUGGCCCUUUGUUAAACUCAUCGUAUUGCGAUUCUUGCAUGGAAAAUAUAAAAUAUACGACAUAAAAUACAGAACAGGUAGAUUCAGAUGAACUACGCUUUACUGGAGGCAAUGAGUAUUGGGUGCCGUUUGUUUAACUUCAUCGUUUGCAGUGGGAAUAUGAGUGUUGAGCGUUAUCACAUUACAUCUCCCGUUUCUGAGAUUUGGUGUGUCGAAAAGUCCUAAAGUUACUCGCUUAUGGAAGCCAUUAUAUGCUAUAAAUAAUUUCCCUAAGUAACUUUCAGCAAAUUAAAUUUAUUAAGGCGUUGCGUUUGUUAUACUCAGUCUUCUGGAAAAUCAAGUUUUUCAAAAUUAAUGUCAGAAAAUAUAUUGUUCUGGACCAGUUUUUGCGGGAAUAGCUCUGUUUAUUGGACGUUUUGGAAUGAGUCGUUUACGUGGAAAACCAAUACUCCAGACUUCACGACUUGUUUUCAAUUGACUGUGCUUAGAUGGGUUUCUGUUUUGUAUCUUGGUGUUUUAUUACCAAUCUACGUAAUAUUCCUUUCCAGAAAGCCAUGGAAAAAUUCCUCCGGAAUGAUUAGCGCAUACAAGAUCGUUCAGUUUUCCAUUAUAGGUAUUUUGUUAAUGACAUUGCUAGAAACAGUUAUCAUAACUUCAACGGUUGAAUAUGGACCAGGUCCUCUGUCGGUUCGAGUAUUAGAUUCUGUUUGUGACCUGUUCAUUUGGUCAACCGUUUUGAUUCUUCAACGGUACGAAUUUAAAAAAGGAUUAUUUUCCUCAGGAGUGGUGUUAAUCUUCUGGCUUUACGAACUGUUAAGGUAUCUGGUAGCCUUUCGCUCUGCAAUUUUAUUCGCAUCAACUUCGGGACAUGAUUCUAUGACACCAGUAAUAAUGAACGGACUGAUUCUCUUUCAUGUAACCAUAGCCUUUUGGGCCAACUGUUUCGCCAGUGAAUGUGACGAUGAAGGUGACAAUCUGACUUUACCACGUUAUAAAUCAAAAACUGCUCCUGAAGAGAGAGGUAAUGCAUCACAGUUACAAAAGUUUUGUCCUGAAGAAAAUGCACCUUUCCUGUCACGGAUGACAUUCUUUUGGUUCACUGGGCUUAUCUUGAAAGGGUUUCGGAGAACUCUGCUUGCUGAAGAUUUAUGGAAACUGUCCGACUCAAACAAAAGUGAACACGUUGUGGAUAGAACGAUGCGAAAUUGGCUAUCGACAAUUGAAAGUAUUUCACAUAGAGUGAAUGAACAAACUAAACAUGAACAUAUUUCAUAUCUUGAGCAAUAUGAAUCCGACGCAUAUUUGAAUAAUGUGAUGCCCGAUAAAGUGAACAGGCCUUCCCUUGCAUUUGUUUUACUUCGUACAUUUUGGACCGAUUUUGCUGCAGGAUUUCUGCUCAAACUGUUUUGUGAUAUUUUGACAUUAAGCCAACCACUUAUUAUCAGUCUGUUAAUUGGAUUUGUCGAAGAAGGUACAAUGAAAACUAGUGGAAAAGCUAACGCACUACCAAACUCGAAUUCAUCAGGAUUCUAUCAGUGGCAUGGUUAUUUCUAUACUGUUUUAUUAUUAAUAGCUGGGCUUAUUCGGACAAUUGUGUUUCAACAAUAUUUUCACUUCACUUAUAGAACUGCGAUGAGAAUAAAAACUGCAGUUAUUGGCAUGGUUUAUCGUAAGUCCCUUAAAUUAUCGAACUUCGCUAGACAAACUUCAACAACGGGAGAAAUUGUGAAUCUAAUAUCUGUUGAUGCUCAAAAAUUAGAAGAUACAAUGGUUAACAUUCACAUGAUAUGGUCUUCCCCAUUUUUAAUUUUAUGUUCACUAAUUUUAUUGUGGUAUCAACUCCAGUAUGCUGUAUUGGCUGGUUUGCUAACAGCGAUUGUUUUAAUUCCACUCAACGUAUUUGUUGGUGUUAAGGUUAAAAAAUUAAAUACGGAAAUGAUGAAAAUUAAAGAUGAACGUAUUAAACUUUUAAAUCAAACAAUUGUGGGUAUAAAGUUAGUCAAAAUGUAUGCAUGGGAACCAGCCUUUGAAAAACGCAUCACAGAGUUAAGAAAUACAGAAGUAAACGCUAUUAGAUCAGUUGAAUUUCUGAACCUGGUAUCUUAUAUGAGUUUAACUUGUGCACCCUUAUUAAUUUCGUCAGCUACUUUCGUCACAUACGUUCUCAUGUCACCAGAAAAUGUGUUGACGGCACAAAAAUCAUUCGUUUGUCUAGCCCUAUUCAAUGUCCUAACAUUCCCUCUGAGUACACUUGCAUAUAUUUUAGCCCUUACUGUACAGAGCAAAGUAUCGUUAUCUCGUAUCGUUAAUUUUCUUUUCAAUGAGGAAUUAGUGGAACAAACAAUUGAAAAACAUCAUGAAAAUAAAUUACGUCUCAAUCAUGAACCUGAAGAAUAUUGUAACAACAUUGGUGAAACUUCUUUACUGAAUACGCAAUACGACAUAAUUUGUACGAAAGCAACAUUAGGAUGGGACAGUCAGACUAUACUAUUUCGAAAUUUAAACUUUAGUAUUCCAAGGGGGAAAUUUUAUGGUGUUGUUGGCCCAGUUGGCGGUGGAAAGUCUUCACUACUCAGUGCCAUUUUAAAUGAAAUGCACCGUUUUGCUGGUAGUAUUAAAGUUAAUGGUACUAUAGCUUAUGUUUCACAGCAGUCCUGGUGUCAAAAUGCAACUAUUCGAGAUAACAUCCUGUUUAAUCGCACAAUGGAUAACGAGUGGUAUAAGGAAGUUGUUCGAAAAUGUUGCUUGUUAGAGGAUCUUAGACAAUUACCGAAUGGUGAUGGGACUGAAAUUGGUGAACGGGGUUUAAAUCUAUCUGGAGGUCAAAAGCAACGUAUAAGCUUAGCCAGAGCUGUUUAUCAACAAUGUGAUAUUUAUCUACUCGAUGAUCCUCUUUCUGCCGUCGAUGUUCGUGUCGCCGAACGGUUAUUCAAGGAUGUUAUUGGUCCAAAUGGUCUCUUGAAAAAUAAAACACGUGUAUGGGUGACACAUCGGUUAGACAAUCUUUCACAUGCUGAUAAGAUAUUACUCAUUUGUAAACAAAACCAGAGGAUAGAAAACAAUUUCCGUAUUAUUGACGAGUUCCAAGGUGAAAGUGCACAGCCAGUCAGUCAGUGUGAAAAUCCUGAAAACAUGAAUAGUAAAGAGUCUAUUUGUCAAGAAAGUUAUAUACUUGAAGAAGGGACUCAUGAGGAACUGUUGAAACUAGAUAAAUUAUACGCAUCUUAUUACCGUACACACAUAUCUAAUUCUAAUGGAGCAAAACAAGGAAACUCCAGGAUAGAAUUGCCUACUAACAAUGGUGACCAGUGUGGUAUUAAUCAUAAUUGUACUGAUGAUUUGUACCGUUCAAAUGACACUUUAUCGACAAGAUGUGGUAUUGAGGAUUACACAUCCAUAUUUAAAUCUGUGGAGGAGGAAAAAACUGAGACAGGAUCAAUAAGUUUUCGUGUCCUAAGAGCUUAUGGAAAUGCAUAUGGUCACUGGAAACUUUCGCUUACUUUUGGAGCGUUCAUAUUACUUGGUAUAGCUGCUAUUACAAAUCAAACAUGGCUUGGUUAUUGGUCUGGUAAAGAAAGUACAAAGCAAUUUAAUUUAACUAACGGAAGCCACACUCUGUUGUACUACAUAAGCAUAUAUAGUAUACUUGCUUUCCUUCAAGUACUUUUCACGGGUGUACAGAAUAUACUCCUGAAUUUUGGAUCAGCUAGUGUAUCCAGUAUAACUCAUUCUCAUCUCUUACGUUGUAUCCUGCGUGCACCAAGUGAAUUUUUUGAUACAACACCAUCCGGAAGAAUACUGAAUAGAUUUUCAAAGGAUAUUGAUAUUAUUGACUCACAAUUACCAUAUAAUAUGCGUGUUGCACUUGUCACCCUGUCUCAUGUGUUAGUCUGCUUUACGCUAAUAUGCAUAGCAUUACCGUGGUUCUUAAUCGCGCUAGUUCCAAUUAUUGGAUGUCUUUUCAUUUUACAACGAUUUUAUAUGGCUACAAGUCGUCAAUUGAAGCGUUUAGAAUCAGUCAGACGUUCUCCAGUACUUUCAUACUUUCAAGAAACUCUCUCAGGGAUAUCAGUAAUUCGAGCAUUUAAAAGAGAAAACGAAUUUCUAAAUACCUGCAAUGAAUUAGUUGACGAAAAUUUGAAGGCUUGGUAUCCAAUUAUUGUAUCCUAUCGUUGGUUAGGUGUGAACAUCGAACUACUGGGACAUUUCAUCACACUCAUCGCGUGCAUUAUAAUUUUAUUGACUGUUGAGACAGUUGGACCUGGAUUUGCUGGUUUAGCCCUAGUUUAUUCGCUAUCUGUCUCUAAUUUUUUAACAUUUGUUAUACGAUCUAGCUCAGAACUAGAAAACUCAACAAUUAGUAUUGAAAGAGUGAAAGAAUAUUCAAUGAUUCCAAGUGAGGGUGAAUGGCACUUGGAUGAAUAUAACCAACAACUUGAACAGUGGCCAAAAGUUGGCUCUAUUGAAUUUAAUAAUUAUUCAAUGGGUUACAGAAGAGAAUUAGAACUAGUUUUAAAGUUUGUAAAUGUAAAAAUUAAUGGUGGUGAACGUGUUGGAAUUGUUGGACGGACGGGUGCCGGGAAAUCUUCAAUAAUCUCAGCUUUAUUUCGUCUAGUGGAACCCAACACAGGUCAAAUCUUCAUAGAUUGUGUUAAUAUAAAUCUUAUAGGGUUGCAUGAUUUACGUCAAAAACUUACAGUUAUACCACAAGAUCCUUUUAUAUUCUGUGGGACACUAAGAUAUAACCUGGAUCCACUCUGUGUUAAAACUGAUGGCGAAUUGUGGAAUGCCCUUGAAAAGGCACAUCUGAAAGAAUACGUGAUGGCUCAAUCAGAGCAACUUGACUUUAUGUGUUCUGAAAAUGGAGAAAAUUUAAGUGUUGGACAGCGCCAGUUAGUUUGUUUGGCACGAGCUCUUCUCAGAAACUCAAAAAUACUUAUUUUGGAUGAAGCAACCGCAUCAGUCGAUAUGAAAACGGAUAACUUGAUCCAAGAAACGAUUCGAACACAAUUUACCGACUGUACAGUUUUAACAGUUUCACAUCGCCUCGGAACUAUAAUUAACAGUGAUAAGAUUAUAACCAUUGCUAAUGGACAAAUUGUUGACUAUGAUACACCGGAAAAUUUGCUAGACAAUACAAAUUCAAUCCUUCAUAAGAUGGCUAAAGAUGUCGGUCUUAUUUAAAUACCCACAAUAUUUAAAUACUUGAAAAUGGUCUCCUCAAAGAUUCCUGUGACUUUGUUUUUCUAAAGAAAUGAGUUUAGAUUUUGUCCGUUUUCUUUUUUACACAAAAUAAUAUUAUAACUUUUUGAACUAGUAGAAUAUAUUACUGUAAUGGAUCAUUUUUGAUCUACUUGAUGGCAUAUAUCACUGUUCUGAAUUUUAUUUUGAUUUACUUUUACUUAUUUUAACUGAAUGUCUGACCAAAAGUAAAAUCGUUUCCUUACGUUGUUUUGAAGUGCCUUUUUAUUACACUACAAGCUAUGCGCAGUGUGUUGCUUUUUUAUACUGUUCCAUUCAUGGAGAAUGCGUUUCGCUGAAGUUACUGUAUGUAAAAAUAACUAUUUUCCUGAAAGAGUUUUGUUGUAUUUCAGUGUUGAUUGAAGGUAGGAG